AUGGCCCGCUAUAUUACUCGUGUUGCGGUAAACUUCGGUAGCCCCUACUGUCGCUCUGGGAUCAAAGCCUUUCACAAGCAGCUAUGCAGGAUUGAAUGUAUACAAGCAUUGAAGAUAUUCACCCGGUUCAUUCUACAACAAAAUGGCCAGACGUUUGUACCAGACAGCCAGCUGUCCAAGGCACAUAUUGCUGAGGCUGACGGAAUACUCACUAUCUAUGUUCCCAUGGAUCCUGCGUCACAGGAUGUCUGUUUCCGCUCAGUAUUGCCCAGAAAGCUCGCAACAUGGAUUAUGCAGGAUCCCGAAAGCAGCGACAAACCUCACGUUGACAUCGAGAUGGUCAAUGCAUUGACUGUUAUCUUGGCCAGCGAGACAACAUCUCUUGACGAGAUCCUUGAUGAACUAGGGAUUGCCAGAAUAUCGUAUGAUGGCCUCAGCGACGACGGGGAAGAAGUCACGAGACAGAGAUUGUCAUUCAAAAAUGUCGUCGAACGGCCCCAAAAGGCAGAUUCGGUGUUGUUUGGUAUCCCCGUCAGCAACACGAGCAAAAGUCUGUUUGUGAAGACGGUUGAUCAGACCGAAGCCAACGUUGGGGCUGAGGGAUAG